UCUCAGAGGCAGUGAGCGCUUGUACAGGCUUGCCAUGGCCGCCCGGACGGUGCCCCACGCCUACCCCAUGAGCUCAGAGUACGAGUUUGCCAACCCCAGCAAGAUCUACGACCAGAACUUUGGAGAAGGUGUGUCCCCAUGCGAGAUUUUAGCCCCUGCCCUGUACCACGGCUACUACAUCAGGCCUCGGAUCAACAAGCAGCUGGAUCGAGGCACCUCGGAGGUCAGCCUCAAUGACCACAAGUACCAGGUGUUCCUGGACGUCUGCCACUUCCUGCCUGACGAGCUGACAGUGCGCACUGUGGACAACCUGCUGGAGGUGGUGGGGCAGCACCCCCAGAGGGCUGACCGCCACGGCUUCAUCUCCCGAGAGUUCACCAGGACCUACAUUCUCCCGCUGGAUGUCGACCCCUUGCUGAUGAGAGCCACCCUGUCCCACGAUGGCAUUCUAAGCAUCGUGGCACCCCGAACAGGAAAGGAGGUGAAGGCCAGGAUCAUCGAAGUGAAGAUAAUCCAGGAGCAGACGGUGGGGCAGAAAGAACUGUCUGAGGAAGGAAAAGGGAAGGAAGAGUCCUAAAGGCCCUAAAGCUGGGCUUGAGCGGGGGGGGGGGGGGGGUGGGGGGGGAGGGAGGGGAGUCACUGUGCCAGGCCCCUG